AUGAUAACUCCUCAGUUUGAUAUUGAACAAGAUGAUGAAUUUUUGAUUAUUAAAAUAAGAAUCAGUAACAUACGAUUUUCAUCAAAUUGUGUUGAAAUUAAUAUUAAUGGAAAUAUGCUAAUAUUCCAUCUUUCACCAUACUAUCUAAGGUUAAGAUUCGAUCAUAAUCUUGUGGAUGAUGAAAGAGCAAUUGCAAAAUUCCUACCUGGCGAAAGUAAAAUUUUAAUUAAAGCACCUAAGGCUAACAAUGGAGAAUUUUUUAAUGAUUUGGAUCUUCAUAGUAAAUUGUUGGCCCGUGUCAAUAUUGGAAGUGCAAUAAAUGAAACCUCUCAAAAAAAUCCCUUAAUACAAGAAAUUGGUAAUAAUGAUGAUAAUACUAGCGAUAAUAAGGCAACUAGUGAAGAAAAAAUUGAAGAUAUCGCAAAAUUAGGAGAAAAUUUUGAUUGGGAGAUCGAACAAGUUGAAACAGAUAAUUUUGAUUUAUUGAAUAAAGCAUACAAAUAUGGGUUUAAUAAUAACUAUUCCGAAUUAAUUGGUAUAUCCAUAUCUAAUGGUAACGAUAUUAAUGAUUUAAAUGAUCCAGAACAUACUAAUAGUAUUGAUAGAAUCAAGCAGAGAAUUCAAAGAGAGAAUAAUGUGUUUGAUGAUGAAUAUUACGCAUCUGAAUACAUCUUAUAUAAAUAUGGUCAGGAUGAUGAUUUAGAAAUUAAUCGUAUAAAAUAUAUUUUAAAUUACACUCCUAAAUUUGUUCAAGAUUAUCAAAAUUGGAUUAAAGAGCAUUCCAACAAUAACAAAGAUGCAAUCAUGUCAAUUGAAUUCAAUGAAUUUGAACAUAGGCAAAUGGAAAAUUAUAUACCAAGAAAGGAGUAUAUAUUAAAUCCUGAAAUUGUUAAAUUAAACUAUAUAACUAUUUUGAAUCUCUUAUUCAGUUUUAAUUUUGAAAGUAUGGAAAAUGAAGGCGAACACACAACCGAAAGUGUAUGGACAAUUGGUAAAUUGACGCCACAGAUAGCAUAUCUGGACCAACAAUUAAUGUUACCUGAAUCUGCCUUGGAACAAGAUAGUACUACUUCAGCUGCUGACACUAUUGCUACAAUGAGUACCAAUAGAUCAUUGUUGAAGGAAGUUAAACCUGACCGAGUAAGGAAUGAGAAAAAUAAUUCUGAAUCUAUAAUUAAAUCUGCAAUCAUAGUAGGAACUAGAAGAUCAUUGUGUUAUCCACUACAUAGGAACUAUGAUUUAUCAAUGAAAGCAUGGCAUUGUGUCUUCCAGACAUUAAAAGCUGGUAAAAGAUUAGUUAUUAGAAAUUUAUUAGCUAUUCAUGAAUUAUUUAGAUUCCAUGACGUAUAUUAUGUUUACAAUAAAUGCUUAUUAGAUGACUUAUGUGCGUGGUUUAUAUCUUAUGGUAAUGAAACAAUUGUUAGGAGUCUAGCUUUAGAACUUGAAAACCAUCUGUUAAAAUUUACUAAAGAUGAUAUCGAAUUUGAAUGUAUAUCAGACAUAGAUAUGGAUACUGGAGCUACAUCCUUCGAAUCAGUCACAAUCAGAGAAUUAGAGAUACUAACCGAACAAAUGUAUCAAGAGAAUAUAAAUAAAAAAAAUACAGAAUAA